UGGAUUUGUGCAAGCCUUAUGUGCUUUGCUAUUUCUUCAUUAUUUUCAAAAAACAAAGUUUUGGAUGAAAAUUAAAGUUUUAAAUGAAACAUAAAAAUUUGGAAAAUGUUUCAUCUGUAGAAGACUGCGAUUCUAAUGUUUCAGCUUAUGAAAUUAAUGAAUGUGAGUGGCUAAAGUAUUGGGAAGAAAAUGGUAACGAUAUCGUUAAUAUGUCAUGGAUAAUACUAAAAAAGGACUAUAUUCAAUUAUUUAGUAGAAAAUUUGGGAAACUAAACUCAAACAACUUAAAAAAACAUUAUGAAUUUUCAAAGAAAGUAGAGAAAAUAUCUAUGAAAUGGAUUAAAUUGUGGGAGAAACAUUAUAAAGAGCAAUACGUAAAAACAUUUUAUGAUUGGUUAGAAAGCAAAACUCAAAGGAGAAAUUCUGAAACAGAUUGCAAUACUUUUGACUACGUUGAACUAGACCAAAGUAUUGAACUGUCAAAUUUAGGGCUUCCUCUCUCAUUUGGUGGAAGCAAAAUAAAAAUUGAGAAAAAAAAACAAAGUCUGCGAAGGAUCGUGAGUGCAAGCAAUAGUUUAACCGAACAUAAUAUUAAAAUUUUUCGUUUUGAAGAUAAUACAAGUCAGGAAAUGAACGAAUUUAACCCGUCGAAAAAAAAGAAGAAAAAAAACCGUCUAAAGAGUUUGCCUGCAAGUAUAGCAAAGGAUAAAAGUCUUCUAAAAUAUUGGAAGAAAAGAUUUACUUUAUUUUCAAAAUUUGAGCAAGGAAUCCAAUUAGAUGAAGAAAGUUGGUUUUCAGUUACACCAGAAAAAAUUGCAAUUCAUAUUGCAAAUAAAGUUGGCAAUCUCGGAAUAAUUGUUGACGGUUUUUGUGGAUGUGGAGGAAAUAGCAUACAGUUUGCAAAAAAAUGUCAAAGGGUUAUAGCUAUAGAUAUAGACCCCAAGAAAAUUUUAAUGGCAAGAAAUAAUGCGAAGAUAUAUAAUGUAGAACACAAAAUUGAUUUUGUAGUUGGCGAUUUCUUUCAAUUAAGCAAAAACAUAAAAGCAGAUGGAGUUUUCUUAAGCCCACCUUGGGGUGGCCCAAAUUAUGCUAAAAGAAAGGUGUUUGACAUAGAAAAUGACCUUCAACCCUUUGGAGCAAGUCAUUUGCUUAAUUGUGCAAGAACCAUUUCUAAAAACAUAGCAUUGUAUAUACCAAAAAAUUCAAAUAUAAAACAAAUUGUAAAGUUAGCAGGAGAAAAUAGCCAAGUCGAAAUCGAUCAUAAUUAUUUUGGAGACAAAAUAGUUGCUUUAACUGCAUUUUUUGGAGAGAUAAUUUCUAUUGGAGAAACUAAUAAAAAUGAGUAUUAAACUUCCUACUGAAUAAUUUUAUUUAAAGAUAAAUUUUGUAUUAAUUUUUUAAUUAUAAUUUUUUAACAAAACAAA